AUGGGUUACGAUACUCGUCGAAAGCAAGUGAAUUGGGUAGCUCUAGGAAUAGAGUUACCACAAACUCAUGCUGAGAAAGCGGCCGCACGACUUUCACCGCCUUCAAUAGCGACGUCGACAUCAGAACAGCAUAUUUCGAAAAAGUCAAAACGAGCGCGCCGAGAUUCUUGUUCAUUAUCACCGCCACCCAAACGUAUUUAUACCGCACCGAAAGAUAUAAGUACCCCGCCACUUUCACCACCAGCAGAAAUUCAUGAAUUCGAAAAUUACCACGACGAGGACAUGAAAGAGAAGGAAUUCAAACGUGAGAAAUUGGAAGAGAGAAAAGUGAAACGUGAGGAGGGGAACGAUGAGAAUGUCAUAAUGCAAGAAAUUGAUUUGGCGGAAGUAAAGGAUGAAAUUGUUGAAGGAGUGAUCAUUCAAUUACAGAAAACUGCCAAUAGACCUCAUUUGGUUAAGGAACUUGCAGCCAUUUUGUCCCCAACCGUUCGAAUCGUGGAACAAUCUGCCAAUCCAUGCGCAAUCAUUUCUUCCCGAUUAUCCAACUAUUUAAAACGAUCAUGGACUGCGUCAUCGCCUUGUCCUGUGGGAAAAGAGUUGGAAACUGUACAUCCAAGGAGAACAUACUUUUAUUUGACGACUUACCCACACCAACCGAUUCCUGAUCCAUCACAAUUACCUCAGCGUACGAUUAUCACUCCUUCCAUAUCAAGUGCAGACUCGGUAGCCGAUGAAGCAGAUCGAAGUCGAUGUGAUUCGCCUGAAGUUGACCUAUCCUCUGAGGAAUACGAUGAUGACGAUUCAAUUAUACCUCCAACCUCCACUGGUUCGUUUUCCGGUCGAUUCGAACGUCCCGUGAGGAAUAAUCGUGCUUCAUCUGUGGGUCUCGAAAAGGAUGAGAAAGAAUUCACUCAAACAGCUCGCGGAAUGCAAAAACGAAGAUUCAGUGGCGAGCCACCAUCAAAACCAUUUGAUAUGACCGAUAUGCCAUCAAAUAUUUCAAACACUCCCAUGAAAUCCAUAGAAUCAGACCCAUUUUUCGGAGAAAGUCGAGGAUUAACGGUAUCGAACACGGCGGGUUUUAUGAACAGCCCCGCUAUGAAACCUGUUUUCGCGUCGAAAAAAUCUUGGGAUUCUACUCUCGAAACUUCUCAUACGAAUUGGACGCCAGCGAAGAUUGAAACGUUAGAUUGGGAUACAAGAAAUCCGGAAAAUGUGGAGUUGGACGAAUUAGAUGGCAUGCUUGAUGGAUAUUAG